GAAUUGUCAGUCUUGAGCAGAAAGUUAGAGCGCUAGAGCACAGAAGAAAACGUUCGGAAGUGGGCGGGUGUGUGUUUAAAAAAAAAAAAAUGGGUGGGAACCUCAUGGCCAAGUUGUAGGAAAAAAAAGUUGAAGUGUGCCUAUCUUGGGGCGGAGCCCCUCCCUUCUGCUGGCCGGCGGAGCGGGAGCCCCAGGUACAACCCAGAGGCAGGGUCCAGGAGCUGGGGUCCCCCGCCGCCGCAGUGUGCCCACCGCGUGUCUCCCCGCUGAGUGACGAUGAGCAGUCCCCAGAGCAUGCCGCCUCCCACGACCCAUGAGCCUGACCCAGGGAUGUCCUACGGCAUGAUGGAGAUUGCCAUCAUUGUAGCUGUGAUCACUGCAGUGGCCUUGGUCCUGGUCUGCCUCCUCUUCCUCAUGCUUCGGUACCUGUACAGGCACAAGGGAACCUACCACACUAACGAGGCCAAAGGCACAGAGUUUGCUGAGAGUGCCGAUGCAGCCCUGCAAAGUGACCCUGCCCUCCAGGAUGCUGGGGACAACAGCAAGAAGGAAUACUUCAUCUGAGGGGAAGCAGACUUCACCUCCCUGCAAGCUCUUUCUGGCUGCAGGAGAGAAAGCACACCCGCUAUGUGCUACCAUUAUCAGUACCAGGAAGCCCUCAAGGGCACCCCAAGACCCUUACUGCAGAACACUGGGUGCCUGCCAGGACCCUGAUCCAGAUGGGAGGAAUCAAGGUGUAGAGCACCUCUCCCAGGGACUCAAUGGCCACCCAGAGGCUGGCAUUGGCUCUACAAGGGGUAGAGAACAUCUGGAUACACAGGUCCCCCUGUACGAUGCAGGGCUCAUCUCAUUGGGAUGAAAGUUCUCUUCAUUGUGCAUGGGUUGGUUGGGCCUGGACAUGGGGAUGUAUAGAAGUGUGGCAUCUAUAAGCUGACUGGGGAUACUGGCAUCAGGUGUCAUUCCUUGACAUUUGGGGAGAACAGCAGGUGCCAGAGCUAAAAGGCGUCUUCAUCUCCCAUCAACCCAGUUCAAAAUGGUAACAAAUAAAUUUGCAAUGUAACUGAGCAUUCUUUAUCAAAUGGAGCUACUCUACUACGUGUCUAAGAAACAGUGAGUGCCUCCCAUUGCUGGCUUUUCUCAUGUAUAACAUUGUGUCUGUGUGAAUGGGGCAAGAAUAUGUCAGUUCUGGCAAGAAGACAGGAGGAAGAAUGACCUUUCCCCUCACUGGUCCAGCUACAUAAAACAAAUAGAAAGAUGAAGCCCAGAAAUUGGGCCACUGGCUGACGCACUGCUUUCUUGAUAAAUAGUAUUAGAAAAAGAGUUGUGCUCAGCAGAACUCCAUCAGCCCUGGGUUUGGGUCCUAGCUCCUCUGUACUGCUCUUAGGACCUUAAGCCAUGCAGUUGACUUCUCUGGCUUUAACGUUGGCAUUUUUUUUUUUUUUUUACAUUUUUCAAGCGGAAAUGAUGCUAACUUGUGUGACCCUGGUUCCUAACUCCCAGCAUUGUGGGAAGGAACAGAAGUAUCAGACAUCAGUUACCACUGUAUUCUAGUGUCACUAACACACUGCCUUCAUGGCUUGCCUGUGUUGGAUAAUGAGAAUUUAUCAUUGCACCACCUCAAAACAUCCUGAUACACCACCAAUUUGAAAUGAAUAACAGGGAGAAAGCGAACUAAUUAGCCGACCCUUCCAGGCAAGAUUGCCAGUGGCCCUGCAGUUGCUCUGAGACCAGCAUGGCUGAGUUUAGAGACUGCCCCUGCUGUACCCAGAUCUUCUCAGGAGCCCCCUCGGCUGAGCUGUCUCCACCUAGACUCCAUCAAAGAAAAAAAAGCCCCACGUGAUGUUCCCUUGGAAGCUAAUGAGGAUGCAAGCUCAGUCGGGUCAAGUAUAACCACCAGUCAGAGGAGCUGGGAGCCCUGGGAAUGCUGUGGGGAAGAGAAGCAGGGAUUUAAUUAUAACAAGAGACUGGCCAAGUGCAGAUGACCACAGGUUGGUGGGUGUCUAUGUUCUCAUCUAUGAAAUUAAAAGUUGGCUACAGUUGUCACCCCUUAAUCUAGAGACCCCUAGAGGAUGCUUGAAAGCAAAGGCAGUAUUAAACCCCUUGUAUUUGACUUUUCUGCACACAUUUAUGUUAAGAUCUACUUUACAAAUAAGGCACAGUAAGAAAUUAACUGCAGUAACUCACAGUAAAAUGGCAUAAUUUUAACCAUAAGCUGUAAUAAAAGAUUUUUGAA